AAGAAAUUUGACAGUACCCGCAAUCCGUAGUAUAAAUAAAAUGUUCGAGUUAUAAUAAACACGGGAGGGAUGCUAAUAUUUUGUACUGUUGCCGGUGAAUUUACUUUAUUAUCAGUUCUUCAGACGAAGUGGAAUUGAUUCGUAGUUAAUUUAAAUAAAAUUAUAUGGAAGAAUCCUAUUUAGAAAAUUAUAUAAAAUUGUGUAUUGUUUUGAUGUUGCAUAGUAAAUAAGACAUUAACCACAGAACGACACCACAAUGGCAGGAAAUUUUUGGGAGAGUUCUCAUCAUCAGCAGUGGCUGUUGGACCGACAAGACUUAAUCCGUGAACGACAGCAGGACUUGAGUGUCCUUACUGAGGAGGAGUACCAGAAGAUCUUUAUUUUCUUUUCAAAUUUGAUUCAGAUUCUUGGUGAACAGUUGAAGCUGAGGCAACAAGUAAUUGCAACUGCGACGGUAUUCUUCAAGCGGUUUUAUGCUCGAAAUUCUCUGAAGUGUAUUGACCCAUUACUCUUGGCACCAACGUGUGUUUUCCUUGCUUCAAAAGUGGAAGAGUUUGGGGUCAUUUCCAAUAGUAGACUCAUCACAACUUGCCAGAAUGUAGUGAAGAAUAAGUUCAGCUACGCUUACUCACAGGAGUUCCCGUACAGAACAAACCACAUCCUGGAGUGUGAAUUUUACCUCUUGGAGAACUUGGACUGCUGCCUUAUUGUGUACCAGCCAUACCGCCCCCUGCUGCAGCUUAUUCAAGACAUUGGGCAAGAGGAUCAGUUACUGGCACUAGCUUGGAGAGUGGUUAAUGACAGUCUGCGGACAGAUGUGUGUCUGCUGUAUCCACCGUAUCAGAUAGCUCUUGGUUGUCUGCAGAUUGCGUGUGUGAUCCUGCAGAAAGACCUGAAAUCCUGGUUUGCUGAGCUGAAUGUAGACAUUGAGAAGAUACAAGAAAUAGCACGGUAUGUCAUCAACCUUUUUGAACUAUGGAAAUCAUAUGAUGAAAAGAAAGACAUCCAGAGUCUCUUAGCCAAAAUGCCAAAACCAAAAACCCAGCCCAGUAGAUAAGGCCAUGGACACAGGUGUUACACAUGAAGAAUUGCUGAUAUGGCUGACAUGUAGACACUCUUUGUGACAAAGUAAAGACGUACUGUUACACCUACA